AUGACGGGCAUUCAGCGAGCACUUGCCCUGCUCCUCAUCAUCGGUAUUUCCCUGGAGCUAUGCCUUGCGCGUCGAUUUGAGGAAAAACAUUUGAUGAGAGACCUGGUGCCAGCAGGAUCAGAGCACAAAGUCCAUCAGCAGGAGGAAAAGGGUGGAGAGGAGCAUCACACGGAUCAUCACGAGGAGCACGGUGAGAAGGGUGAUAAGGGCUAUCAUAAGCAUCAUGAGCACGACAAGAAGGAGCACGAGGAUCACGCCAAGGAGCACCACGAGGGCCAUCACGAGGAGCACGGUGGACACAAGAAGAAACAUCACGACGAGCACGAGAAGCAUGGAAAGCACCACGAGAGCGAGAAGGGCCACAAGGGUGGCAAAUUCGGUGAGAAGAAGGGCCACAAGAAGGGCCACAAGACCAAGGGUUAUCACAACAAAUUUCACAAGGACGAGUACCACAAGGAGCACAAGUUCUAUGAUGAUUUUCACAAGGGUGGACAUCACAGCAAGCAUGGCGACUUCAAGGCCCAUCAUGAGAAGAAGGAAGGAGGACACAAAAAGGGCCACAAGGAGGAUCACGCAUUUGAUCAGCAUCAUCAUGGCAAGAAGGGUCAUGAGAGCAAGGGACAUCAUGAUGAGGAUCAUAAGGCACAUCAUGGCAAACAUGGCCAUCACAAGCAUCAUCAUCAUCAUGAGCAUUAUGGCAAGAAGGGACAUCAUCAUGAUGGCAAGAAGCAUGGGUACUCCAAGGGACACAAAAGAUAUUCGAGUAGAGAAGAGGAAAGAGACUUGUUUGGUUUUACGGUUUCACAACUAAAGAAAAAAAAAACGAUAAAAUCAGCUGGUGGUAUCAGCAGAGGAUUUAAUUUAGCCCUUCUUAUGGGACCAUUUUUUGUGAUCCUGGUGGCCGCCCUUCUUGCCAUGCUUAUGAUGAUGAUGAUGAUGAUCUUCAUGGGCCUUCUCGCCCUUGUGCCCCUCAUGGCCCUUGUGGUGAUGUCCCUUCUUGUGCUCGCCCUUCUUGCCAUGAUGAUGCUCAUGCCCUCCAUGAUGUUUGUGUCCCUUCUUGUGGUGUCCACCCUCCUCGUGAUGAUGCUCAUGAUGAUCGCCAUCAUGAUGCUCAUGACUUCCAUGCUCAUGAUGCUCAUCAUGAAACUCCUUAUCUUUCUUAAACUCAUCGAGUUUCUUCACUUCGUGAUGUCCAUGAGUGCUGUGUCCCUUGCCAAAGUGCCCUUUCUCAUGAAACUUGUGUCCCUUUUCCCCGGAGUCACCCUUGUGAUGAUGCUCGUGAUAUCCUUCCUCAUGAUGAUGAUGCUUCUUGUGUCCCUCGUCCUCAUGAUAAUCUCCAUGAUGAUCAUCGUGAUCGUGGUGCCCCUUUUUUCCCUCCUCAUGCUCGUGAUGACCCUUGUACCCCUUGUCCUCCUCCUCCGAGCUGUGAUGAUGAUGAUGAUGAUGCUCCUCGGAACUACCACCCUUCUCGUGGGAGUGGCCCUUAUGGUGAUGACGAUGAGUGGACAAAUGGCGCGUCGAUUAUGCCAGGUUUACCUGGCAUUAUCAGUGAUGCUGAUAAUAAUUGAGGUAUCGAUGGCCCAUUACUACCUAGAUAUCAGAGAUCUCGAAUCAGCAGCAACUGGUCAUCACGAAGAGCACGGCGGUGGUGAGGAUCACCACGAGGAUCAUCACGGUGAGGGUGGAUCAAAGGAGGAGAAGGAUUAUCACAAGCAUCAUCAUCAUAAUCACGGUGACAAGGGUCACUACGACGAGGAUCAUCACGGUGGUCAUCACGAGGAGCACGGCCACCACAAGAAGCAUCAUCACGACGAGCACGACGAGCACGGACAUCAUCACAAAAAGGGACACGGCCACAAGGGCCACAAGCACGAGGCACACAAGGGCCACAAAAAGGGUGAGAAAACCCAUGGAUAUCACAAGAAAGCGCACAAGGACGAGUACCAUAAGGAGCACAAGUUCUACGAUGAUCAUCACAAGGGUGGACAUCAUGAGAAGCAUGGGGAUCAUCAUGAGCAUCAUGGACACAAGGCUGAGCAUCACAAAAAAGGGGGAAAGCAUCAUGAGGGGCACGAGCAUCAUCACAAGGGGAAGAAGGGACAUCAUGAUAAGGGGCAUCAUGAUGAGGAUCAUCAUGGACAUCAUGGCAAACAUGGCUAUGACAAACAUCAUCAUCAUCAUGAGCAUCAUGGCAAGAAGGGACAUCAUCAUGGUGGCAAAAAGCAUGGAUACGAGCAUGGUCAUCACUAAUUCGUUCUAUUUAUCUUUCCCUGGAAUUUCUAUUGUUAAAUUGUGACUUUUGUCGAUUAAA